AUGACCGUGGGCAACGAAAGUGCUCCCGAUUUCUUCAUUCUCCUGGGUUUCUCUGACCUCCCAUGGCUGGAAAGGCCGCUCUUCGCGGUGGCGCUUGUCGCUUACGUCUGCACGCUGCUGGGUAACGUCUGCAUCAUCGUGGUGUCCAGCGUGGACCCUCAACUCCACAGCCCGAUGUACCUCUUCCUGUGCAACCUCUCCUUCUUGGACUUGUGUUUCACCACCACCACCAUCCCGCAGCUGCUGCGGAACCUCCGCGGCCCGGACAAGUCCAUCAGCUACUGGGGCUGCGUGGCCCAGUUUUACACGUUUCACUUCCUGGGGGCCUCGGAGUGCAUCCUCUUGGCUGUGAUGUCUCUGGAUCGUUACGUCGCCAUCUGCAAGCCCCUGAGGUACCCGGCCAUCAUGCACCAGAGACUCUGCACCCUCCUCGCCGCCGCGUCGUGGCUCAGUGGCCUGGCUAACUCCUUGCUGCAGUCCUCGCUCACCGUCCAGCUGCCGCUCUGCGGCCGCAACGAGGUGGACAGCUUUCUCUGCGAGGUCCCCGUGAUGAUCAGGAUGUCCUGCGCCGACACCACGUUCAACGAGGCCAUGCUCUCCAUCGUGGGGACCUUCUACUCCCUGGUUCCCUUGUCGCUUAUCCUCACCUCCUACGGCUUCAUUGCAGCAGCUGUGCUGAGGAUUCGGUCCGCGGAAGGGAAGAAGAAAGCCUUUAACACGUGCGGGUCCCACGUGGUCGUGGUGUGGCUCUUCUACGGGCCGGUGGUCCUCAUGUACACGCAGCCCUCCGCCGCCGGGCUCCCGGACGCCAGCAAGCUCCUGUCGCUGUUCUACAGUCUGGUGACGCCUCUGCUGAACCCUUUCGUCUACACGCUGAGGAACAAGGACGUGAAAGGCGCGGUCGGGAGGCUCCUCGUCUCGCUGGGCGGCAGAGGGACGGAAUAG